AUCUUUAGGAAAAAAAGCACCACGGAUGAUGAGUUCAAGCAGUCGGAUCACGAGAUGAAAAGAGUUCCAUAAUUAAAUUAAUUAGCGCGGAUUGACCUGUGAUGAUAUUUCACAUGACCACACUUGCACAACAAAAGACAAAGCUGGAGCGAUUUCAAAUCUUUUUUCGAUACAAAAUACUGAUUACGAAGAGCUAAAUUGAACUCCAAACAAAUCCAAAUUGCUUUCGCUCAGCUCAUCAAAAUCUGAUCCGUCUCGUUGUUGGUAUAAACAUAAAAGGAAACUGUAAUCGAUACUCAAACGAGUUGUGCACAAUACGAAGACAAAUAAAUGAUAAGAUGAGUAGCAUAAAAAGAGGUCAACAUUGACUUAACAUCCCGUGAUCGUCUGAAAACCAAAACCAGCUAUAUGUUGUAUGAUAGAUAAAAGGAGGUUAGAGCAACCAUCCAUCAGUCGCCCAAUCUAUUAGCAGAUCAGCAAAGAUGGAGAGCAAAGGCAAUAAGCGCUCCAGCGCUCUCUUCGUCGGCCUCUCUUUCAAUUUAAUUCUGACGUUGGGUUCCCUUGGUUUCACGUGCUAUUCUUUGUAUCGAUUUGAUUCUCGUCUAACAGCAGUUGAACAGGAUUUGCUGGUUGUAAAUCAUCCAGAUCAGUUUACCAAUCGCGUGAUUGAUAAACCAACAUCUACGCAUUCGCCUCCAAGCGGAUCGCAAAGGAAGGAAGCUGUCGCUAAGAGAGCUGUCGACAGACCAUCCAUGUGCCGCAAAUGCAGCAGCCCCUGUUUAAACACAAAUCGCCUUCGAAAUAAUUUGACAGACGAAACAAGUAAUGAAAGAAUAGUUUGUGUGGAAGGACCUCGAGGGUUACCAGGACCUCCCGGUUCACCUGGACCUACUGGUCCCCAGGGCUCUCCCGGGCCAAGUGGUAGAAGAGGAAGAAAAGGAACCGCGGGUCCCCCUGGACUCCAGGGAAAACGAGGUAGCAGAGGAUUACCAGGAUCCCCCGGACCUGCAGGCCCCUCUGGUAAAUCUUCACAACCACCAACAAAAUUCGUGACAAAACCAAAGAAAUCAGUCACCGCUUAUAAAUCAUGGGACACAGUUCUCAAAUGUGAUAUCUUUGGCUAUCCAUUUCCUGUGAUCAGGUGGUCAAGACCACUCAAGCAACUUCCGAUCCAUAGACACGUCAUUGAUGGUAACAAACUUACGAUUGAAAACACAAGAGAAGAUGACGAUGGUGCUUACGUUUGCCAGGGAGCUAAUGAACUGGGGAGUGUNGCAGCAUUGAAUUUAACGAAUGUAAUUACCUCGGCGUUAUAUUUGGAAACAAGUGACCUCGUCCUGGUUUCAACAUCACCUCACAAAAGAGUAAAGCAAACUUGA